AUGCUAAAGCGAAAGUAGCUUCUCAUGAAAAAACGCGGGUUGAAAACAAAGUUACAGUUUGCAUGGUUUGAGCGAUGAGGCAAGAACGUUUUCCUCCUUACAACCCAACAAAUGGCGUUCGAACAGACUUUGAAGCUCUCUUACAAAAGUUUACGGAUACGGAGUCUGUUAGAUACGAAGAAUUUGCCGCCAUUUGGAGGGACAUGAAGUUUUCGUUUUUAUUUGCGGGGCGUCAGGAUGAUAGAGAAGUACAGGACUUUGUGGACGAGUGUUUCAAGAUUGCCUUGAAAUUCUGUUUACCCCCACACAAUUUCCAAAUUCGGGUGGGGGGUCUGUACAUUUUGUAUGGAAUAUACUGCACUCAGCCGACCGUGAAACGUAGAAAGAUCCGCGUGACACAAGAUAUCUGGAACAAGAUAUUGGAAUUCCAGAGCGAGGCGCACCAACAGGAGCAUCUAGAUGUAGAGUUCAUCUUUCAUAAGUUGAGGUAUCAUGAAGCCUUUCAUUAUUGUGCGACGGAAUCCUACGUGUAUCCGAACAAGAGUGACACGGUGAUAGAUGUCACGACGCGAGAGGAAUUCAGAGAAGAGCAGAGCAUGUUAUACGAGUUAUUCUCGACGGACGUACUCGAACAAUUAGCCGCAGUCCAUCAGCAUUAUCAUCACAUGAAAGUAGCCUUGGAAAACAAGAAGAACAUUGCGCAGGGUGAAACAGAGACAGAUAUGCCGGCUAAAUCGUUGGACGUGAUUCAGCAAGAUUUGGUCCCUGGUAUUACGAAAGCUCUCAUUCACUAUCAAGAGAAGAGGAAAGCGCUCCAACGAGUGAAGAAAAACGCAGCAGAGACAGAAGAAUCGGAAGGCGAUUUAGAGGAGGAGGAUUAUUCAGUGUUUUUGCGUAUGGGAGAGGGUACAUCUAGGCAGGCCUCGGUGAAGAAUAAGGCGUUUAAAAAGUUGGCCAAGAGUAGCAAAUCUAGGCGACACAGACAGACUCUUGGAGAUACCAGUGAAGGGGAAAGUCCCCAAAAGAGAAGGAAAAGGCAGAAAGCACCUAAUUACUCCCUUCCACAUGUUCCAGUAUCCAUGACGAGCAUCAAGAUAAAACAUGUAAAAGAGGAAAAAGAGGUGGAUGGUUCUGUCAAUAAUGAUGAAAACGAUGAAGAUAAACAUGAUGAAGAUGAAGACAACUUCAUAAUGAACAUGCCGGUACUGGAUGAUCUUCCACCCAUCCCUCAGGCUUCAACUGCACCAAAAUCCAUCAACAAAGGAAAUGUGUCCACCAGAAAAAGAAAGACAGAGGCAAAAGAAGCCGCCAAGGCUUCUACCUCUUCCAAGCGAAGACCCACAUCCAAAGCCACACCUGUGAAUUCAGAUCUGCCUAAAGCAAAGUUGAAGGUCAAAGUGAAAUCUGGCAAAACACCUGCCAGAUCAAAAAGAUAAUAAAAUGCAAUAGUGCUAAUACACAGAACAAUUUGACUGAAAUGUGUUGGCUAUUAUACAUGUACAUGUAUAUUUAUAUAGUAUUGGAUUUUUGUGAUCAAGAACUGAUGCUAUGUUGAGUAUUUUUACUGCUU